GUUAAAACCAUCAUUAGAGAUUUCAAUCUCGUCAUCGUUACGUCUAUUUACAAUUAAUUUUCAAAUCAUUUUAACGACUUAGAACAAAUGGAGGACGCAGAGGACGAUGGUUCAUUAAAAGAUGGUGAAGAAACUGUGAAAAUAGAUUCGCAACCAGAUUUUCAGGAGAUCAAACCAGAUUCUGGAUCAGAUGAUCCCCAAUACAACGAAGAAAGUGUUCAAGUUGACAGAACAGCACUGGAGUCUAUAUUGAACGUCAGCUCUCGUUUACAAAGUUUGGUGCAACGAAACAAAAAGUCUAUGAGUUUAAUAAAUUUUGGCCAUCAAUCUUACAAAGACAAGCAAGCUAUAGCAAAAGAAGCUCGUAGCCAGAGAGUUGGUGCUAUUAGGCCACCGCAGAGAUUUAUACUUGAUAAUGCAGCAAUUGUAUUGAAUAAGCCACUUGAUUAUGUCCUGCAAUACUUUUAUAUGUUACUCGAUAUAAAUCAAGAGACUGAGAACGUUGUUUCAAGUAUAUUCAAGAUCAUGAAACGUGUUUACAUUCCUGCUCUACAGGCUUGCCAAGGUUGGGGAUGUCUUAACCCUCCGAAUCCUAAAAGCCAGGAGACCAUCAAGUCUUACAUUUCAAAGAUAAUGAUGUUCGUCGAUUAUCUCGAACGUUAG